AUGGAACUGUUCCUCACCAUCAUCGCUUUCCUACCCGUGGUGAACGCCUGGGCAUUGAUAUGGCGAAACGCAUCCGACUACCCGACCACUGAACAUGACACGCAGCCUCUACCCUGCAAACAAAUCAACCAAACCAAGGGCAAAGAAUUCAACUGGGAUGCCCAAAAUGGCCCCUGGUGCAUCUAUUUUUUCACAGAAGCAAAUUGCACCAAUGGUAGGGGUUACGAAUGCAACGGACUGGACUGGAACGCCCCAGCAGCCGUGGAUUUAUUGUCCUUUAAGAUCGAAGCAAAAUCAGUCUCAUCGUCUGCCGCUACUUCGGUUUCUACUGUAACUGUUAUACCCUCCGCUACAGACGGCACCUUUCCAGUCAGGAAUGCCACAGGGUCCUCGCUAUCUGGUAGCCAGGUCACGGGUGUAGUCAUUGGCACGAUAGCUGGAGCCGUGACUCUAGCUCUCGCAACAUUUUUCCUUGGUCAGCGAUAUCCGAGGCGCUCUAUGGAAACAACAGCAAUAGCUGAUUAUGAACCUGCGACUGUUCUGGAUCAACAGAACCCACUUAACGACCCCAGCAACGCAGAAAGAUUACAAAUUGCGGCGAAUAAUCCCCCAACUACUGCGAUGCAGAGCCGUCCUCAACAUCGUGCCGAGCUGGUAGGGAAUACGGGGACUGUGGAAUUGAGUGAUACUCAUAGGGUAGUGGAAAUUGCAGAGCGAGACUGGAAUGCUUGA